UCCUGUUUGUGUCCCUGCAGCCUACAAAGUGACGGUGAAGUCUUUGGCAGCAGAAGGAGACUUUAUGACCUACACAGCCUCCGUAGUUGAAGUCCUGAAGAACACAGACAAAGAGUUCGAGGCGGUGAGUUCAGGUACGGAGGUGGAGCUGGUGAAGAAGGUCACCUGCAGCGCCGUCGACCUCCAGAACAACAAACAAUACCUGGUGAUGGGAGCCAAGGGGUCAGAGGUCACGCUCAGCCACGCCUUCAAGUAUCGUCUUCCUCUGGACUCGGAGGCGCUGGUGGAGCUGUGGCCGACAGAUUGUAGUUCUCCCGAGUGUUUGGACUACAUUUCACAUCUGGAUGACUUUGCUCUGGACCUGCAGUUGGCCGGCUGCCCCGACGCAUCGAGACGAAGAUGAAGAAAUAUCUGUAAAAUUUGUUAGCUCAAAGUUUUCAUGUAAAUGGACUGUAUUUCUCCCUUUCCUAAUAGUGUCCUACUGUGGAAAUUUACCAAUUAAAGUGAAAUAAAUUCCCUAAUUGUAACUGA